UUUCUCUGGUCACAUGAUGUUGACGUGUCAUCUUCUCGUGAUGUGAGACUCAUGUUUCUGUUUCUGUCUUUUAUUUUUACAAAACUCCUCCGCUCGUCCGUCAGACAUCAGGUGAGACGAGUCGUUAGCGAUGAAUCGUCUGUUUCCAACUCUUAACACUUAAUAUCUAUGAUAUUAUUAAUAUCUACACAUGAUCAGAUCUAUACAUUUACAGAUGUUUACAGACACAAAUCUGAUUACACAGAGUGCGCGUGUGUGUGUGAGUGGUUCUGGAACAAACUGUGACUCAAGCUGAUCUAAAAUUAGACGAGUGAUUUUUAGAAAAACUAAAAAUUGAGAAAAAGACGAAGUGAACAAACGAGUCAGCCUUCGUCACUGAUCUGAUGAACAUGAUUCUAUGUUUUCAGUUCAUUUCCUCUUCAUAUGAAACUCACCAACUUCAUCAUUACACUGUGACGUCAUGAUCAGUUUGUGAUCAAUAUUUAUUGAUUAGCAGUGUUCGUAAUGAUGGGGUAAGGGUUCUUCCUUUCUUAUUGAUCUUCACUGACCAAAUGUGUCCACGUGUGGGCGUGUCAUCCCAUGUCUGGGCGUGUCUCCCUGCGUGUGGGCGUGUUAUUGUGUCCAAUAUGUUUGUUCCUCAGACUGACUGAACUGGAUCAGCAGCUGCUUCUGUUCAUGAUGUGUGUGUCGAGGUGUCUGCAGUGUGUCGGUGUGUCUCUGGUUCCCAUGGCGAUCAUCUGCAUUCUGUCCAACAUACUGCUGCUGCUUCCUGAGCUUAAGAUCCACUUCCUGUUAGAGGGUCACGUGACCAGAGAGGCCAAAUGGGCAACCGGCCUCUGGGGGUCGGGCUUCCUGGUUCUACUCGGAGCACGAGCGUUUGUUCGCAGCAGCAGAACCAAAGGCUGCUGGGCCUUCAGGAGUCAGAUGUGUGAUUCGAGGAACACGUGUCUCCAGAUGAUGUGUCAGGUGCUGCACUCAGGUGUGUGUCUGUUGGCUGCUGGCAUCUGUUGUCUGGUCAGUGCCACUGGUCUCGUUCAGGGUCCCCUCUGUCUCUACAACACCACCACCGGUCCGACCUGGGGGGUUCCACUGCACCCCCUCCCUGACAGUCCGUCUCAGUACCUGUACAACCGGACUCUGUGGUCAGUGUGUCUGCGGCCUCAUGAUGUGGUUCAGUGGAAUGUGGUUCUGUUCAGUGUGAUGGGCGGAGCCAGCGCGCUGCAGACGGUUCUAUGUGCAGCCAACGUCCUCAACUCACUGCUGGGCCUAAUCCUGGGACACGGAGUCGGACACAAUCAGGUCAGUCCAGUCUCAGAUUAAGACCGCCCCCUAGUGGAUCCUGAAUCAGGACAUCAAGACAUCAAGCAAUUUUAUUUUGAAAAGCACUGAUGCACUUUAAUCAACAAUUACUUUAAGAUCAAUAUUGUAAAUACGAUUAUUACAUUGUCAAUGUUUUUCUAAUGAAAAUUUAGAAAUCAUCACAUUCUGCAGUAAAGUGGAGGAAUGUUUAUGAAUCAUUAACAAAGUGAUCAAUACAGUAAUGAAUAGUUUCCCUGUCGGGAAAUGAACCUGUGACUUGCCACAACAAUCAAUCAUUUUACCAUUUAAUUCAUAUGAAUGAAUGAAUCAUGAACCAGUUUUAAUGAUGAUCAAACAAUCGUUAUGUUUUAUGAAUUCAUCCAGUAAGUGAUUUAAUAAGUAGCAGUUUGAUCAAUGAUUGGUUCAUUUAUUCUUGUAUUUCCACUUUUUUCUGAAUAAAAACUUAAGAUGAG